GGUUGCUUGGGUAGUUCUCGUCAUCGUGGUGUGGAAGUGCAGUUUGAUCAUUUGUAAUGGGUGCCAUGGAAAAUGUCAUAGAAAACAGAGAAGAUCGUUUACCAGCAGAAGCUAGGGAGAUUCUUCAAUCAUUGGCUUCCCAGUGGGAAGAUGUGGUUGAUUCAAAGGCACUCCAGGUGAUCCCUCUCAAGGGUGCAAUGACUAAUGAGGUUUUCGAAAUAAAGUGGCCAGCAAAGACAGGGGAGCUCUCACGCAAAGUUGUGGUUAGGAUUUAUGGUGAGGGUGUCGAUGUGUUCUUUGACAGGGAUAAUGAGAUCCGAACAUUUGAGUACAUGUCAAAGAAUGGUCAGGGACCUCGCUUGCUUGGGCGUUUUCCAAAUGGCCGAAUUGAAGAGUUCAUCCAUGCGCGGACACUCUCAGCAUCUGAUCUACGUGAUCCAGAUAUAUCUGCUCUUAUAGCUGCUAAAUUAAAGGAGUUCCAUGAACUUAAUAUGCCUGGCCCAAAGGAUGUCACCCUGUGGGAUAGAUUGCGAAACUGGCUCAGUACGGCUAAGAGAUUGUCUACCCCAGAAGAAGCUAAUGCCUUUCAGUUAGAUUCCAUUGAAAAGGAAAUCUCUUUAUUGGAGAAGGAACUCUCAGGACCUUCUCAAAGUAUGGGUUUUUGCCACAAUGAUUUACAGUACGGUAACAUCAUGCUCGAGGAAGGGAGUAAAUCAAUAACCAUAAUUGUAA